CAUUAUUGCAUUCAUGGAGAAUUUAAACUACAAAGGAGAGUAUUCUUCAAGCAAAGCCUAUGCUUCUCCUCUUUCAUCAACACCGAUACAGAACAAAGCUGGGGUGAAUUUUAUAAAUACGUCUGAUGCUAGUAACUUUCUGCAUGAAAUAAUUGGACUCAAAUCGGCUUACGGCAGCCAGAUGAGCAAUAAUAAUCCACACUCCUUAACACCAAGUAAAAAUAAAGGGAAUUCUUCAGUGUCUAAUAUAAAGUUUGGCAAAUUGACCAUUCAAAGAGGAACAAGUAAGGAAUCACUAGACUCAGCAGUGGCGAUGUCUACUGACCGGAAGAAAACAGUUGCCAAACUACUUAAUUUUACCAGAACUCCAGACCAAACCACGAAGUCAUCAAAAGGCAAAGGUUCUAAAAUAUUCUCCAAAUUCAUGACUCCUCGUAUAAAGAACUUUGGAGGGAUCCAGAGCAAGCACAGGCUAACAUCAGCAUCUAGAGUAGGAUCAAGAAAGGAUCUCUUACCAAAGCCACUAUUUCAAAAACUUGGCAAGAGUCGGCAUCAACGAAAGAACACAAAAUCUCCGAAAAAGCAGACUGCAAGCAGUAAAUCCAAGAAAAGGCUUCAUGCCUUACCAAAAAAGAAGAGGGCUAUAACUCCUGUGAUUCAGAAGAAGAACGUACUGACGAGUAACAGGUACAACAAAACUCGGAAUCAUGCAGAGAAUCACCCAUUUUUAUUCUCGAACCAAGAUACAUACACUGGGUUGUCAAUCCAGAAGUGUAAUGAAUCUGAUGAGCUAGAGAGCAUAGAGCAAGAUAUCGCUGAUCUUGAUAAACUCAAGAACAUCGGCAAGAUAGGUGACCAAUUCGUCUUUGAACUUGAUGAAAGUGAGAAGCGGCAGAGAGUUCCUCAAUUCGGCUACAAGGAGUAUGAUGGCUUUAAAAAUGCAUUCAAGAAUCAGCCUAAGCAAGCGAAAUCCUACCAAAAGACACUGAGCAGUUAUGAACAGAAGGUACCUUUUGACCAGGAGAUUGUGAGCAUUGAGGAAGCAGAGAAGAAGAAAUAAAAUUAUGGAGUAUCUCAAAAUUGUCAAGGAUAAGAUUUCUAGAAUGGAAACGAAACUGACAACAUCUAAGAAAGAAAAUAACUUUUACAAGCAGAAAAAUGCCGAGCUAGAAGCCCAGCUGAAUUAUUACAGAACAAAGUCACUUGAGUUUGAGAAUUCCAGAGAGAAAUCUAUUGAAAAGGAGAGAGUCAUGGCCAUGAAGUACGGAAUCAUUCUUAGUCAGAACAAGGAGUUAUUAGAUAAAUGUAGACAACUCAAAGCUGAAAAUGAGGAUCUAAAGAUGCAGUUACAUGAUAGGAGGAAGAAGGAGUCUCUAUCAGAUGCUAUGUCUAAUGGUUUAUCUUCUAAGGUACUUAAUAAGUCUACUCAGGAUUAUAAAAGAGAUUACUCUAGCCCUAUUAUGGAUAAUAAUAAUCCAAAUCGACAUUCUUCAACGACUUUGUCACAAAAUUUCAACGACUUUGAGAAAUCAAUCAAAUUAAUAGCUAAGAAUUUAGACAAAAGUAAUGAUUUCGAGGCUGCUAAAAGCCUGAAAGAAGAUCGACCAGGUAUGAAACCUCUCGUUUCAUCUAAAGAAGUCAAUUCUGACGCUCAGGACCAAAUGGCUUUACAAAAGUUGCUCCAUAUUCAAAAGUUUUCCUUGAGUUCGCUUCCUGAGAACCAACAGGCUAUUAUUAACAGUAUGAUCCAAAGACUCUUGGAUAAGGAAAAGUUAGGAGGCAAAGGCCACAUUGAGUAAGACU